UGUAUGGUUGCUAGCUAAUAGCUAAUGAGCCUUCUGUUGUAAGUGAAGUAAGUAAACUUUGAGGAAAAUGGAGACCACGGGUAUUAAUUGUGGCUGAUCGCAUUCGGAGUGACCAAGGCCGUGUCAUUAACAGGUAUAAAAAAUGCAGUAAAGGUGCUGCAGAACAUUUCGUUGAAAUCCAAGUUGUCUUUCAUGAAAGCAGAGGUGUUUUCAGAAAGUAGGUGUUGGACUGUUUUGAAUUACCACAUGAACUCCAGGGAUGAAGCCAAGAUGGGUGACAUCUUGGCAACAGAAGCUGAUCUCCUCGGGAUGAUAAGAGAGUUCCUGAAGUUUGUGGAAUUUGACAACACAGUCCACAGUUUUGACAAGGACUGUAAAAGCAAAGGCAAACUCGUGUCAAAGCCUCAGGGGAGUAAUCUCAGAGACUCAAAGACACGUGUUAUUCAGAAAGACCUCCUUUACUGCUUUGAAAAUGGAGAUUACAAGGUGUUCUUUGAGCUGUGGGCAGACAAUGUUUCCUCUGAGGUCAUUGACACAGAUGCUGAGGCCCAGAGACUGGAAUUUUACCUUCAUGUCCAUUUUGCCAUCUUCCCAUUUAGAAUCCACCCUGGUCGACAUGACCGAGCUGAGUUUGAGGAGAGAAUUACCCACUUUAAGCAGUACCUGGAGACACGAGGAGCAGCACUGAGCCAGACCACAGAGUUCCUUCCUUAUUACGCCUUGCCUUUUGUUCCGAACCCAACCAUUCACCCCUCCUUCAAAGAUCUUUUCCAGGAUUCCUGGAUUCCACAUUUGAACAAUAAGCUGCAGAAGUUUCUGUUGGUGACACUGAAGCCAGCUUUUCUCCCGAGGUUGCUGAAUUUAUACAAGGAAGGCGGGAGGAGCACAAAAGAGGCCAUGCAGCAGCUGCAGCUGCAGCUUGUAGAAUCAGACCGACGCGUCUCUAGCUACAUGAGAAAGUUCAACAAGAUGCAGGCCGACUACCACAACCUGAUUGGGAUCACUGCUGAGCUGGUCGACUCUUUGGAGGCCACCGUCAGCGGAAAAAUGAUCUCCCCCGAGUACCUGCAGAGUGUGUGUGUUCGCCUGUUCAACAACCAGAUGAGGAACAGCAUGGUACAGAGCACCGACUUCACCAGGCCUGGCACAGGAUAUUACUCUAUGAGUCCUUAUGAUGAUGGCUAUGCCUCCUCAAUGCUACGAGCGUCCAUCGCACCGCAGAAAUCCAAGGAUGUGCCGAUGCUUCCUUCCCUGGACUACGACAAGCUGAAGAAAGACUUGGCUGAAGGACCAGACAGACUCAGGUCUCUGCUGCUGCAGGCACUGCGGUGGAGACUCACUCGCUCUCUUCCUGGUGAGCAAAGAGACACCGUCCUCCAGGCCUAUAUCAGUAAUGAUCUGCUGGAGCGAUACAGCGCCGAACAGACAACUGUUCUCCAUCUCAUAAGGUCGAAGGACGAGAUUGUCCAACAGUACAUGGCUCGGCUUAUUAAUGCUUUUGCAUCCUUUGCAGAGGGCAGGGUUUACCUCUCUCAGAUCCACAUUCUACUCCAACUUUUGACAGAGACGCUCAGAAAAGAGGAAAAGGAGUCACUGACCAGAGAGAAUGUGUUGGUAGCCCUGCAGAAACUUAGCCUCAGGAGGGGCCAGCAGACGGCCAUGAUAGCUGACGAUCUGAUCGCCUGGUUGGUGGACGAACUGCAGGACUCUGACUGUCUCACCGACAAUGCCCUGGAAUAUUCCGCAGCUCUACUCAUGAACUUGUGUUUGCGCACCAAAGGAAAGAGGAAGUGUGCAGAGAACGCCAAGCACGUACUAAAGGUUUUAACUGACCUUCUUGGACAUGAGAACCACGAGAUUCGUCCAUAUGUGAAUGGAGCCCUGUACAGCAUCCUGUGUAUUCCCUCUGUGAGACAGGAAGCCAAAGAGAUGAGCGUAGAGGAAAUUCUCCGCUGCUACAGCAAAGAAGGAAAUCCAGACCUGAAAAGACAAAUCGAGUUUAUUAUUAAACAACUGAACUCAGCUGAGGAAGAAGGCCCUGAAUCAGACGAUGAAGAAGACGAGGACGACAAUGAUGAAGAUUUAAUGGAGUCGGACCUGGACAAAGAAGAAAUCCUUCAACCCCAGCCCCGAGAGCUAUCUGGGGAGAGUUUGCUCACCACUGAGUAUCUGGGGAUCAUGACCAACAUGGCGAAGGUCAAGAGAAACUCUGCUCCUCUGAAUCAAGCCAGAGCAGAUGAACCCUUACAGCGGCCGGUCACACCGAGUUCUCAUCGCACGUCGGGGCAUUAUCGAGUGGGCGGUCAGGAGAGCAGGGAUUAUCCGCUGAGCAGACAGAAAAGUGAAAGUGGAAGUCUGCCUCCUUCUCGCUACAACUCCAGACCUCCUACUCGCUCCGGCAGCCGCCCCAGCACUUCUGAGUCCUUACGUCACAGCAUCGAUUCGGAGUGUGGCAGAUUGUCCCAGGAGUCGGUGUUGGACGGGCAGUACGAAGGGCGAGCGACAAAAGAACGAUCCCAGGAGGAACACAAUGGACACUCUGCCAGCGCUGAGACUUUCUCCGUUUUUGUAACACGGCCUAAAAUUCCUCGUACGCCUGACACAGCAGGAAGCAGCUCUCAGCGGAGUCGAGACUUGGCACCUCAGUUUUCCCUGUCGGAGCCACAGCAGAGGAGCCGGCCAAACUCCGCCAGCUCCACAGGAGGAGGGGGGCACCAGAGCGGAGUGGACUGCAGUAUGAAAUAUUCCAGUUUUAGCAGAGCCUUCUUAUCGUCCAAUCAGAUAAGAGGUAAACUGAUACCUGUUACUUCACCAUCACACCUACUACCACUUUAAUACCGGACAUCUGUCCAGAGACGUUGACACUGAUUUUGCUCAGUGAUUUUCUUCUUCAUUUCCAUUUACUUUCACUUGGAUGCAGUUUGUUGUGGCUGUCAGACCCUCGUCUGAGGCAACAUUCCUAUGAGGCCACCCACAGCUGGCAACAAACAAGAAGUAGAGUCUAGGCUUCCCUGAAGAAGGAAACGGCAAUGCUGGGCUGUGAUGACGUGGGCAAAACAAAUACCACCAGAUGAUGGCGCUGUGUCAGGUGUAAGAUAAGAAGAUGAAGGUGGAUCUCUUAAAAGUGACAAACCCUGGAAUGAUUAAUGCAGUCAGUCAAAGAGGAGGUGAGGAAGGAGCUGUCAUUGUGGGGCUGCACUAUCUCCCCAGCAGCAUCAGCUUCCUGUAACAUCAUACACCCGAGGUUGUGAUUAGGGUCGCGGCAGCAGAGAUGGUUGAGAAUCAGCAGCGAGUGGAGGAGGGGGACGAAGAGGAGGAGGAGGAGGAGCGGGAACAAUGUGGAGGAUUGUGUCUCUACGAUUUUUUUUCCUCUUCCACUCCAGCACAGGCUUCCUUCUGUAACAUAAUAGGAGGUCGGUUAAAAAUCACAACCCCCAGUCGUGCAGCGUCUCCUACAGCUAACAUCUCAGGGAGGGCUGAGAAAGUGAGACUCCUCCAAUCUUAAAAGUCUGAAGACUAUGUUUCGACGCUUUAUCGUGCUGUUAAGCGGCAUUCGCUAAAUGGUCAGCCUCCUUCUCCUAAGCUUGGAGAGUUUCUCUCAGGAUGAUUAGUUCCAGCCAAUGAGCAGAAAGACAUUUUCUAACAUUGAAGUCUUUAUAAACCACACUGAAAAACAUCUUCAAACUUCCCCUUUAGGCUAAGAGCGUUUUAGGUCUCAUUAAAAAGCCCCCUGAUAUGAUCAGGUAUGAAGAGCAUGUUAGCUGCCAGGACUUUUUGUAACAUGUGGAUACGUUUAAUCGGGGGUUUUUGCCCCUGCAGUAGUGAAACAAAACUGCUUCUAUAGAUUCCUGUGAUCAUUUUUACUCUUCAGACUUCUGCCCGCCGUAUUGUAAAUGUAAAACAAAGCUCAUGUCGUAACAGCUGCUUUUCUUUAAACCUCGCUUAAGUAAUGUUUACACUCCUGUCACGGGUUGAUUGUGUUGUUGUUUUUGUCGUACAGUUUAUUCUAAUGCAUAAAAUACCUGACUAAAGACUUGAAAUAAUGUACAUGUCUUCAACUCCAGACAAUUCUGGUGUCUGUUUUUCAGGCACUGUGAUGUAAAUUUGUAAAUAUACAUUUUUGUGUUUUGAAGUUUUUUGUAGACGUGACGUGCGAUCAUGCUCUAGGGGGCACCUGGUAGCCCC